GAGUCACAUACAACCGUGCUCAUAUGCCAAUGUGUUGAGAUUUGUUCAUUACUGCAUUAAAAACCGGAGAAAUCAAACGAAAUAAAAUGGAUCAACCGGACGCUGAGCCGACACUGUCCGCAUCGCAAGUGAUGCGCCAAUUUGUUCAAUACAUCAGCGAGGAUGGAAUACGCAGAGAGCUGGCCGAUGAAUGCAUUCUCACCUUGAUUGGACGCACCGUCAAAGGUGCCUCAGCCGUAACGAGUUUCCUAACUGGUCGCUACAAGCAUGUCGGCUUUGUCGAUGCACAUCCCUGCGAUGCUGCUCGAGUCUCGUUGCUCAAGGAUCGGUAUGCGCGCAGCUUUGAAGUGCUCCGACGCCACCAAAGGGAAGCGAAACCAAAUAUUCAAUUACCACACACAUUGCGUCCUCGUGCCGAAAGUAUUGAUGAUCCUGCUGCUGCUGAUGAUGAUGAUGAUAAUGAUAAUAAUGUUGUACAAUCAUCGAUAUCGCGUGUGGGCGCCGAAAUCGUUGAUCAAGUUAACGUUGAUGUUAGCUACUCCGAGCAAUUGGCGACACCUCCGCGUACCCGAACGCAUUUGCAUUACAUUGAAUCCGUUGGCGUAAUUGAGCCAUGUCAUCAGGCAGACGACGGUGGUGGUUUCGAUCAAUCGACCGAUGCACUUGAGGUGACCCUGACGCUGGGCUAUCAACAUUGCAGUGGUGAGGGGAGCGCUGAAAUUUGCCUGAUUGUCUACAAGAAGUUUAGGCCAACAGCACGGACAACACCAACGGCAACGGGUCAUUUGAGGACUCAUUCGCGAAUGCGGACUACACUCACGCACAAUGUGCACACGGAUGAUGAGGGCGAUGUGGUGCCAGCACCUCAAACUGUACGUCGCACACUCUUCACCAGCGCCGACAGCGACGAUCCCGAUAAUGAUAUUGCAAUUGUAUCGCUUCGGUCACAAACGCCCCGCAAGCGAUACUAUAAGAGUCCUCCGGAUGUGAAAUCCAAGCGACUCAACUUAGGUGGCGGCAUGCGCUUCUAAUCUAAACAAUCGCAUCACACAAAACAACACUAAACGCAUUAUUAUCUUAGUCCAUAUACACAGUACAAGUGGUGCCCAUAUUGGGCAGAUCUCUACUUGCGAAGACUGAUUGUACUUAUUGUAUAUAUAUAUUUAUAUACUUUAUUAUUAUUAAUUUCGAUGUACAAAUAUUUUUUUAUUUGAAACCAACUUAGACACACACAACACACAUAAUUCAAUUGUAUUCCUAUUAUACAAUUAGUACAUAUUCCAAAACAUUUUAAAUAUGUUUUUUAGCAGCAGUAGUAGAGUGGUAUAAUUAGUACCCAUAUUUAUUGUAAUAAUAAACGUCAUUGCAUUGCAUUCAAUUGUUAGCAGUUGCAAUUGUUGUUUUUGGCUUAAAUAAAAUACAAAUAAUCUUCAAAACAAA